CAUUUUGAUCGAUAUCCGUUUCUUUAAAUUAUGCCACCACGCAAACGAAAUACCCCUUGCAGAGCAUGUAAAAAGAGACAAAAGGGCUGCUUCUGGCGAUCUAGUUCGAACGUUUGCAUUCGUUGUGAGAAAUGGAAUGUUGAUUGCAUCGUUGUCAGUCAGCAAGACGAUCUCGAGCCCGCAGAGGACGACGAUACAAUGCCAAAAGAAUUCGUUGAAAGCUCCUUGGAGUAUUGGCGUAACCAAGUUCGACAACUUGAAACCGAACUCUCGCAGGCUGAAGCAACUGUUAAGCAGUGUCGCAGUAGCAACAACAGCUACAGCAACCGCAGUAGCCCUAUCAGUCACAGCAGCUACAACGAAUUUAGCAGCCUUAGCAACUGUAGCAGUCCUUGCAGCAUUACCAGCCAGAUCAGUGACAAUCAUUGCGAAGAACCUGCCGAGGAGCAUCAGGGGUGGAAAUUGGUAGGCAGGAACGGUCAAGUCAAGCUGCAGACGACGAUCAACACAUUGGAAGAAUUAUUCAUGUACAGCCGUGCGUCGCUUCGAUACCUGUCACCGUUUGACAGUCUCUUUGAAGAUUCAUUCUCGGUCCGUUUUGAAAACAGGUACUUUAUCAGCGCCACUUUUCGUGCUUUCCGGUUCAUGUUUUCGCAAGCAGCCCAACCGAGGCUACUACUGCAAGAAAAUGAGAAGCAAGAAUUACAAGAAGCACCUCUGCCGAUGGAAACUAUACGAGGGUUGAUGGAUCGUCUGGUGCAUUUGUACCUGAAACACGAAAAUAUCAAGCACGGCUUUUUGUAUCAACCCAUGUAUCUUCAACACUACGAAUCGCUCAAAGACCCACUAUCGUGCCCCGUUACGCUUGCCCUUUGUGUUUCUUUUAUCUCAAGCACGCGAAAGCUUGAUGAAGAGUAUUCGUCAGCCGAACGACAACGACUAGCCCAGUUUUUCUUUGGACGGUGCAAGGGUAUCUUGGGGGAUAUGUUUGAUGAUCCAAACCGCAAAUUUGAAACAGUCAUGACUAUCAAUUUUCUGAAGCACUACAUUUGGUUUGUGCUGCUACAGCCUAUGGAAGCUCGUCGCUUGAUUACCAUCGCUUAUCUUUUGUGCAAAGAUUUGGAACACUCAUAUGACGGUGAAGGCGAAAACAACCAUGUUCAACGAGUACUGGUACAGCGUCAUCUUUUACAUAACGAAAGAAUGCUCAACAUGUUCCAUUUUAUGGAUAACGGAAGUGCGUUCAAACCGAUCCUGUCCGUGUAUCAUUUGGAAAAAUUACCAGACGAAGGUGCAACGACUGGCUUGUACAUUGACAUGAGUAACCACCUCUUAAAAAUGGCUGGCGACUUUGUUAUGAAAAUGGUGACAGGUCCAGAGAGGAUGUCUAUCAACAGUAACAGUUUAUCGUUGGAAUCCAUUAUUAAAUGCGACCUGGCAAUCAAAGAAUGGUGGAAAUCGACACCUCCUCAUUUACGUCUAUGCGACAACUUGUACACCGAUAACAUCCAUCUGACAACCGAAUUAGAUUGGAUCAAAGGCGUUAUCUUUUGUUUCGCACACGUCAGCAUCAUGCGAGCUCAUGUAUGCUUGGUCAAACCUGUCUACUCUGACGAUCGUGGCGACGCUAACUUCAGCAAUCUCAGUCCAGAAGUUUUGAAUUCACUACGCGAACAUGCAGCAGAAAUUGUACUACGUUCGUGUGACCUAAUGCUCGACGUUAUGAUCCAGAUGCUAUCAUACCCGGACGACCUACCUUCAAUUGUAAUAUUCGAAUUGAUUUCUCGGUCAAUGUCUGCAUUAGUUACCGUAUCUGGUAACGAUGCAUCUAUGACGAUUUAUCGCAAAUUCUACCAGUGUAUCGAUGCGAUUCGUGCUUUGUUUCCGUCUGACACACUGACGGUCUCAUCCUCAUCAUCCCCGUUGAAUGCAUUGGUAACAUCGCGACAAAACUCGGAUGGCGAUUUCACAGUGUAUCAACAAUACCCUUUACCUGGAUAUGCGCUUUUUGCUGAUAUCCUUAAUAUUUCAUGUGCCCAUUUGCGAUCCCAUUUAGUCAGCACUUCACGUGGAUCCUCCUAUCUUGCCGAGUUUAUAGAGUCUGUGAAUGAUAUUACACCUCCUAAUGCUUCUGCAAACUAGCAUUACAUUAGAUAUUUACUAUUUAUUUUGCAUCCCAUAUUACGAACACACAUCACUCAUCCUCUAUACUACUACACUUUCUCCUUUUACCUUCCAUUAUUUAUUGUUUAUCAUACCAUCUCAAUAAUCUCUGUACAUUAUCGUUUUGAUCUUUGCUCUACCGCAAAGCACAUGCAUAUCACAGCCAUUUGUUUAUAUAAAGAAAACGUAGCUUUUCCUCGCAUCGCGUAUCGGACGGUAUUACUCUGCUUAUGUAGAUGUUUAAUCCUCAAGAAAAAUUAGCCUCUUUAGGUUCAUGUACAACAAGUGCAAUUGCUUGUCGAUACCUAUAAAAAGGCCUUUUUUCCUAUUUUCGACCCGGUUGGGACCGACUCGUAUUUUCGGCGUUACACAGCCA